GAUGGACGAAGGCCAAUCCACAUAGCAGCACAGUAUGGAGAUCUGACCAUCAUAAAGUUGAUAGUCAACGCUGGCUCUCCACUCAACGUCAUUGACAACAUGGGCUCGACACCUCUGCAUCUAACAUUGGAGGCGGGCUACGAUGAUGCAGCUAUGUAUUUCGUUAAAGAAGGUCUUUUUUCCACCAUCAAUCGCCCCUUCAAGUACCACAUGGGCGAAUCACCCAUCCACAUGGCAGCCCAAUUAGGGAUGGAUCGGGUCCUCGACUGCAUGCUGAAGAGGGGUGGCAACCCUAAUUUGCAGGAGAAGACAGGGCUUACCCCGCUCCACAUGGCUGUCCAAUACAGGCAUUGUACGUACAAUCGGAUUAACGUCAUGAAAAUACUCCUGUCCUAUGGAGCCGAUCCAAACAUUUGUGACAAAAAUUUAAAAUCACCUCUACACAAAGUUCAAGUUUGUCAAAUUGCAUGCUCGCAGCUGUUGCUGGAGGCAGGUGCCAAAGUGAAUGCCUGCGACAACAGAGGCUGCUCAGUACUUGAUGAGUGCAUCUUCUCUUAUGGGAUGACCAAGGAUCAAUCCUACCUGAUGGCCAUCCUGCCCACUCUCGUCCAGGCUGGUCUCACGUUGAGGCCUCCUUCUCGAGGGUUCGUCUGUUUCUCUUUCAAAUAA